AGUGUGUGGAUAGAGCUUGGUGAGUGCUCACUAUCCUUUCUUCUGUGAAGUGCUGUAAUGGAGUCUCAGGUGCGCCAGAACUUCCACCGGGAGUGUGAGGCUGCUAUCAACUGUGUUGUGAAUUUGGAGCUGCGUGCUAGCUAUGUCUUCAUGUCUAUGUCUUGCUACUUUGACUGUGAUGAUGUGGCCCUGAGGCACAUGGCCCAGUUCCUGAUGGAGCAGUCCCAUGAGCACAAGGAGCAUGCAGAGAAGUUUCUGCAAUACCAGAACAAGCGAGGGGGACGCAGUGUCCUGCAGGACAUAGAGAAGCCAGAGCGGGAUGAGUGGGGGAACAGCCUGGAGGUCUUGCAGCAUGCUCUGCAGCUGGAGAAGACCUUGAACCAGGCCCUGCUGGACCUGCAUAAAGUGGCUACGGAGCAGAAUGAUCCUCAUCUUUGUGACUUCCUGGAGUCUGACUACUUGGAGGAGCAGGUGAAGGCCAUCAAGCAGCUGGGAGACCAUGUCACCAACCUGAAGCGCCUGGGAGUGCCCCAGAAUGGCAUGGGAGAGUACCUGUUUGACAAGCUCACCCUGGGGGAGAGCAGCUGAAGUCUGCACUGAGAGCUGCAAUGUCCAAUUGAAUAUAUGAGCCUUUCCAUU